AUGUUGAGAGUCAUCUCCCUUCUAUACGUGUUUGUAAUAGUCACACGCACAGGAUCAUCAGUAAUUAGCCAUGAUGAUGAAUGCUCAGCCUUGUUUCAGUUUAAGCAAAGCAUGACUCAUCAGGAUGAUCCAGCUUGUGCUGUUCUUGGGUUUCAAACAUUCCAAUCUUGGAAGCCCAGAAGCAAUGCAUCGGAUGCUGGUUUUGAUUGUUGUUCGUGGUAUGGGGUGGAGUGCAGCAACGACAAUGAGUCUGGUCAUGUGGUCGGCCUUGACUUGAGUGAAAGCUUUCUUUGCGGGCAUAUCAACUCUAAUAGCACCCUCUUCAGCCUUGUUCAUCUUCAGAAUCUCAACCUUUCACUUAACCACUUUUAUGAAUCUCAAAUCCCAUCUGAGAUUGCUCGUCUAAAGCAAUUGAGAAGUCUCAAUCUCUCUGAUUCUGGGUUUAUUGGCCGAAUCCCAAAUGAAAUCUCACAGCUGAUGCAGUUGUCUUCUUUAGAUCUAUCACAAAAUCCACUAAAGCUACAAAGUCCUAGUGGCUUCAAGGAUCUAGUGCAAAACAUGACAGGGCUCAAAGAACUCCAUCUCUCGGGGGUUGACAUUAGUUCUUCUGUACCUCAUUUAUUGACAAACUUUUCUUCUUUAAGAUCAAUCAAGCUAAAAAACUGCUCGCUUAGGAAUAAAUUUCCUGAAGCAAUAUUUCAGCUACCAAAGUUGAAAAUUCUUGACGUGGCAUCCAAUCCUAACCUCUUUGGUUCCUUUCAUGAAUUUCAUAACAACAGCUUACUUGAAUAUGUGAAUCUAGGUUUGACUGGCUUCUUUGGGAUUGUACCAAAUUCCAUAAGCAAACUAAAUCAUUUGAUAAUCUUGCGCCUUACCAAGUGCUCUUUCUCAGGGCGCAUUCCCGCUUCACUCUCUAACUUGACACAACUCACUUACUUAGGUUUAGGUAUGAAUAAGUUCAUAGGUUUGGUUCCUUCAUUGAUAAGUCAUUCGAAACUCAAUAUUUUGGAACUUACAGGUAACAAAUUCGAGAAGGGAUACUUGCCUAGUUGGCUUGGCAAGCUGACUACACUUAAUGAACUUUAUAUAGCUGAUAUGAACAUAAACGGUGAAAUCCCACCCUUUCUUGCAAACCUAACCAAACUUAGUGUGCUCCAAAUGGGAAAAAAUGUUCUUACAGGUCAUAUACCAUCCUCGUUGUUCAACAUCAGCCAACUAAGAAUUUUAAGCCUUCAAGAAAACCAAUUGCAAGGACCAAUUUCAAGCUCAUUUUCGAACUUCAAAAGUCUUCAACAUCUUCGUCUACAGUGGAACGAUUUCAGCGGUAAGGUAGACUUAGACAUGUUCCUACAACUUAAGAAGCUCGAAACUCUCACAUUGGGUUUUAACAGGAUAUCUUUAGUGGCUACCAAGAACUACUCGAAUAGCACCUUACCAGAAUUGAAAGAUGUAGAACUUCAAUCGUGCAACUUGAAGGAAUUCCCUUCAUUUUUGAGAUUCCAACAAAAAUUGAGGAUUUUACUUCUCGGACACAACAAAAUUCAUGGCAUGGUACCUGUGUGGAUAUUGAACAACAGCCAAGAAACGUUACAGCUGAUUAGCCUUUCGUACAACUCCAUCACUGGCUUUCAUCAGCAUCCUCAUUUUCUCCCAUGGAAACGUUUACAAGGAUUUUACAUCUCGUAUAAUCAGGUACAGGGGCAGCUACCACUUCCACCACAAACCACGGUUCUUUAUGGUGUCUCAAACAAUAAUCUGACUGGAGAAAUACCACCAUGGUUAUGUGAAUUGAAAUCUCUACGAGAGUUGGAUUUGUCUUCUAAUAACAUGAGUGGAACACUUCCUUCAUGUUUAGGCAGCUUAAGCAAUUCGUUGGUGGAAUUAAAUUUGAGACGAAAUAAUUUUCAUGGCAUAAUGAUGAAUGCAUUUAGGCAUGGAAGCCUGUUGGAAAGUAUUGAUUUGAGUGAGAAUAGAUUUGUGGGUCAGCUACCACGAUCACUGACAAAUUGUACCAAUCUAGAGGUUCUCUCUCUUGGAGACAACUCGUUCGAUGACAUUUUUCCUUCUUGGUUGGGAAUUCUCCCCAAGCUUCAAGUUCUUGUUUUGCGGUCCAACAAAUUUCAUGGUCCAAUUCAAGGUUCAACAACUGCUUGCUCACAGUUCCCUAAGUUGCGGAUCAUAGACCUUUCUAACAACCGUUUUAGUGGUCGAUUGCACCAUAAGUUCUUCCACACGUGUUUAGCUAUGAAAUCAAUUGGAGAAUCAUUUGUUCUGGAAACAACAAUGUCCUUCAGCUCAUUCAACACAAAGUCGCCAUACACGAUGACAUUAAUAUACAAAGGUGUCAAAAGAGAGUACGAAGAGAUUUUAACCAUAUUCACUGCUGUUGAUCUCUCUUGCAACGAUUUUGAAGGAGAAAUCCCGCUAUCACUCCAAGAUCUUCAAGGGAUUGAAUCACUCAAUCUUUCCAACAAUCAUUUUACCGGGCAUAUCUUUCCAUCGUUAGGGUACCUGAAGAAUCUUGAAUCAUUGGAUCUCUCCCAAAACGAGCUAUCCGGAGAAAUUCCUCAACAGUUGGUGCAACUAGGCUUUCUUUCCAUUUUCAACGUGUCAAUGAACCAUCUUGAUGGACGCAUACCCCAAGGGAAACAAUUUGAUACAUUUGACUACAGCUCCUACAAGGGGAAUCCAUGGUUGUGUGGACAUCCUUUAUCUAAGGAAUGUCAAGAUUCGAAGGCAUCAAUACUUCCACCAGCAAGCAAUACAUCUGAGGCUGUUUCUCUCCUCCCAAGCGAAAGAAUUGAUUGGAUCAUCAUAUUCUGUGGAUUUGGAAGCGGGAUGGUUGUUGGCAUUGUUUUUGGAAACGUUCUAUAUACAAAGUAUUAUGAUAGGUUCAGAAAGAGGAAGGACAGAUGGGUAAGGCCACUUCGUAACACGAGGAGAAACGAAGGUACAAGGUUUUCUGACAUGCAUGUUUUAUGA